GUAAUGGGCCGUGUGCACACCUGUGCAGACCCCUGCCUGGGCAUUGGCGGUGGCCGAUAUGUGAGUUGCCUGCUACUGUGUGUGUGAUACCUGGGUCGGCCCCUGCCGAGGUCAGGGACUGCCUGAGGGGGGACGACCCUCCUGUCGUCCCCACCACCGUGCUACAAUACAGUCAGUCGGAACCGAGCGGUGGUGUGUCGAUGGUGGGCCGCGAGACAUAACAUUGGCGACGAGCGGAGUGAGGACGGAGCCAUGCCGUUGGGGAAGAUUGAAGAAUUUCACCAAGGACAAGAUAACUGGGAAGAGUAUGCGGAAAGGUUGGAUCAAUUCUUCGUGGCUAAUGACAUCCAGGACGAUGCUAAGAAGAGGGCCAUUCUUCUCAGCAGCAUGGGAGCUCGGACAUACGGUACGGUAAGAUCGCUGUUGUCACCGAAGAAGCCAAAUGAGGUGACUUAUGUCAUGAUUGUUGAAACAUUGAGCAAACAAUUUUGUCCGCCCACGUCGGUAACUGUCGCAAGAUAUCGGUUCUUUUCCUGUUGUCGAGUACAGUCAGAGUCUGUUCAGGAGUUUGUGGCGCGCCUGCGACAGCUGUCACGGGACUGCAAAUUCGAAUCGUUUCUUGAUCAAAUGAUCAGAGACCGGCUGGUGUGUGGAGUUAACUCCGACCCCAUUCAGCGCAGGUUGCUGGCAGAAGCUGAGCUGACUUUGCCGCAGGCAAUCAAGAUUGCUGUGGCAACGGAAACAGCAGGUCAAAACCUACAGGAGCUGGCGGGAGCUGGCCAGCCGGUGGUGUCCGCUACGGGGGAGACGGCAGUGAACCGUGUCCGGACGGGCCCGUCAGCCUCACAGCGGACCAGCCAGGAGCGACACAACGCCAGUAAGCAAGCGCGACAUGAAGGUGAGAGAUGCUGGCGCUGUUUGAACAGAACGCACUCUGAAUCAGAAUGCUACUUUAAACGUAAGCGCUGCUUCCAGUGUUCCAAGUACGGGCAUACAUCGGCCGCUCACCGGGCAGGGACGGUGAAACAUGUUGGGUCGGAGGUGGUCCGUCAGGAGGAGGGCGAUGGUGCAGGAUCUGGGGAAGAGCAGAGUGUGAUGGAGGCAGACACUGAAGAAAUUGACUUUAUCGGGGAGGUUUUUCAGUGUCGGGAGCGGAUUCAUGUGGUGAAAAGCCGGCCUCCGAUCAUGCUGGACAUGUCGCUGGAUGGGCGCGAUGUCAGGAUGGAGCUUGACACGGGUGCAUCGGUAUCAGUCUGUUCGUUCAGCAGGUUUCAAGAGCUCUGGCCGGAGAAGAAACGCCGUCUGCAGCCGUGCAGCCUCAUCCUACACACCUUCUCAGGCGAGCCUUUGAAGGUCCGAGGUGAGGUACAGAUGGACGUGGUGUACCGCGGAGAGUCGUUCAGCCUGCCCCUGGUAGUAGUUGAUGGGACGGGGCCGUUGCUCUUCGGCAGGAACUGGUUGGAGAGCAUCAGACUGGACUGGAGAACCAUCUGCAUGGUGACGACACAGACGCUGGGAAGCGGAGUUGAGUCGGUGCUGCAUAAGUACUCUGAUGUGUUUGCGGAUGAGUUGGGAUGUGCGAAGGGGAUUGUGGUAGAUAUCCCGAUUGACCCAGACACACGCCCCAUCUUCUACAAGCCCAGACCGGUACCGCUGGCGUACCGUGCUGCUGUCGACGCCGAGCUGGACCGUCAGAUCCAGGCCGGGCUGCUGGAACCGGUGAAACACUGCACGUGGGCUGCACCGAUCGUCACUGCACUGAAGGCGUCAGGAUCCGAACAGGAACAUCUGCAGCGGCUGGAGGAGGUUCUGAGACGUCUGUCGGAGGCAGGACUGCGACUGCAGCGGAAGAAGUGUCAGUUCGCGGCAUCAGAAGUGGUGUAUCUUGGACACCACAUCACGGCAGAUGGUAUCAAACCAACAGCAGACAAGGGAUCCUGUGCUGAGUGCCGUUCUGCGCUUCACCAGAGAGGGCUGGCCGUCGGGCGACCUCGUGAUGCCAGAGCUGGUACAGUACCGAAGCAAGGAAGCGCCAGCGUUCGAGACGUUCUGCAAGCAGCUGGGCAUGCGCCACUUGCUGACCGCACCCCUGUCGGCCAAAAGUAACGGUCUAGCGGAGCGUUGUGUGCAGACGGUGAAGCAGGGCUUGAGAAAGCAGAAACAUGGCAGCAUGGACACGAAAAUCUGCCGGUUUCUGUUUACCUACCGUACCUCUCCUCACAGCACAACGGCGCAGACUCCAGCAGAGCUGAUGAUGGGCCGACGUUUGCGGACUCGUAUGGAUUGUUUACUACCUGACCUACAGGACCGUGUGUCAGCCGCACAGCAGCAGAUGAAGGAGAGAUAUGACCGUCGGUCACAGGACCGUGUUCUAACCCCUGGAAUGCGUGUCUGGGUGUCACAGGUCUCCGGACUGGCCGGCGUCGGACGGGGAACACGCUGGCUCCCGGGACACUGCGUGAGCCGCUCUGGAUCCAAGAUCACUGUUCGUCUGGAGGACGGCCGCGUGAUACAGCGCCACCUAGACUUCGUGGUGCCCAGCGGUUCUAGCCGUCCGAUGGAGCUGACCGAUGAGCCGACGCCGUCCAUGCCGCCGGGUUGGAUGCAGCCGCUUCCGCCUGGGACACCGCUUUCCGAGGAGGGAAGAGGACGACUCGCCGCACCAGCGGGGAAGGAUCCCGCGGCCGGGGGGCCGCCGGGGACCAGGGCCGCGUCCGCGGCGCCGCUGCCGUCGCCGCCGCCGUCUGCGGAUCCAGGGACUACUCAGCCGGGGGACGCCGAGACGCCGCCGCCGUCCCCGCCGCGGCCGCCGUCUGCGGCUCAGUGUACCACUCAGCCGCAGCCUGAUGAUCCGCCGCGUCGCUAUAACUUGAGGCCGAGGCCGAUACUAAGAAAAUAGGGUGGAGAGGUGUUAUGUAAUGGGCCGUGUGCACACCUGUGCAGACCCCUGCCUGGGCAUUGGCGGUGGCCGAUAUGUGAGUUGCCUGCUACUGUGUGUGUGAUACCUGGGUCGGCCCCUGCCGAGGUCAGGGACUGCCUGAGGG